UGUUAUUUCACCAAAACCUAUAUUCUCUUUCUGUGUCUCUCAUUUGUGCGGCAGAGGCUCCAUCUCCAAUUCUCCAUCUCCAUUUUUGUUGUCUCGGGUUGGUUCUUAAACACAGCGUUCGAGUUAUAGAAGAAAGGAUUUGCUGCAGGAUUUGAUUCGAAACGGUCUUUCGGUACGUCAUUUUACGCAAUGGGAUUUUCCCAGGGCCACUCUUCUCUUUAAGGCCGUUCAUCGAUGGGCGGUCAAAGCGACACCUUUUCUGGUUUACCUAGCACAUGCAUGAGAUAACAUGCAGCAGUUCGUCAUCUCAGUAUUCUUUGAGAUUUUGCAUUUUGUGGGUGGUCGAGAUAUGAAAGAUGGAUUCACAAAUGAGUGAAGGCUUCACUAUGCUUUUACAAGAGGGGGAACAAUGCUACAAUGAAACUCCACCCCAAGCUAGAACGAGAUCCACUACUAAGAAAUCGCAACGGGGUAGAAACUUUUCUGUUGAAGAAGACAUUCUACUAGUAAAGGCUUGGCUCAAUACUGACGUUGAUCUAAUUCAAGGGAAUGACAAAAAACCCAUGACAUUUUGGGAAAGAAUUUCAGUGAGCUACCAUGAGCACAAGACAGAAACCAUUGUUGAACGUUCUAUGCACUCUUUAUCAAAUCGGUGGUCAAUUAUCCAACUUGGCACCAACAAAUUCUGUGAGUACUUAGCACAAGUUGAGUCGAAGAAUCCAAGUGGUGGUAGUGAGCAUGACAAGAUUUACGAGGCCAAGGCUAUGUAUAGACAAUUCCAAAAGAUCACAUUUCAAUUUGAACACUGUUGGAACGUGUUGAGGAAGGUGCCAAAAUGGGACUCACAUAUGGUUCAAAUGAAAUUGAGAAGGAAAUUAAUUCGUUCAAGUUCUCCUUCUACUCCAGAGGCGAUAAAUUCAGGGGAAGACAACGAUGUUGAAAAUGCGCUUGUAGACUUCGAGAGACCACUAGGCAAGAAGACCUCAAAAGAGAGAGUGAGAAAACGAAAGAGCAAAGAUUGUCCUACGUUGAAUAUUAUGGAGGUUUUGAGUAAAUUAAAGGAAGAGAAGAAGAGAUCAUAUAAGGAGAGAAAUAAACAGAUUUAUAUGGCAAAGAAAGAGAUUAUUCGUAUUGAAAAACAAAAGCUUGAGAUUGAACAAAGAAAAGAGGAAAGAGAACAAAGGAAAGAGGAAUGGGAAAUUAUGAUGAUGGAUACAAGCAGCUUGUCUCCAAUGCAGCAAGAAUAUAUUCAGUCACGCCAAAUGGAAAUCCUUGAGAAGCGUAGGACAAAAUAGUCAUUAGAAAUUGGAAUGUAUUUAUUUAAGUGAACUACUCAUGUCAUUUUGUAUUGUGCAAGGAUUUUGUUAUGCUUAUUAAGUACUUUGUGUUUCUUUAGUAUCCAGUGAUGGUAAAUAUACUUUUCUGUGGCUCUA